AUGCACGGGCAUGCGCACCACAACCAUGAGCGCAAGGUGGAGGAUCUGGAAGAGCGAGGAAAUGUUGUGAUCGUCUACCAGACUAUGGACGCCGAUUUCGACGGACCUGUGGGAGGCUAUCGAACCGGCGACCCGGGAACGACCGAAGCCGAGACUGCGACACACAAGAACGUGGGUGUGGGCCCUGCUGUUGGAGCGACUGCGACGGCGAAGACUACUGAGACUAAGGCGACUGAUGAGGCUACCACCACAUCUAAGGAGGAAGCGACUACCACCAAGGAGACCGAGGCUCACACGACUCAAACUUCAGCGCAGAGCACGGAAACUACCAAAGCUGAAACGACUGAAAAAACGGCCAAGCAAGCAUCAACCACCGAGUCCCAGAGUACUGCAACCUCCUUUGUAACUUCGGCAUCCCCUACCGCGGAGACUAGCCAGGAUGUCAACGAUCUUCUCGCCGCAACUUCCACUGGAUCGGCCACUGAUUCGGCCGCCUCGGCCUCUUCCACUGCCAUUGGUAGUUCCACCACUUCUGCUGGCAUGUCCGGGGGUGCCAAGGCCGGCGUGGCCAUUGGUGUGAUCCUUGGUGUGGGUGUGAUUGCCGCCCUGAUCUUCUUCAUCGUUCGCAAGAAGAAGAGAAGCCAAGAUGGUUAUCAACAGGAGAACGAGAAGGCAUUUGGAGGUGAAGGCCUGCCCGAAGGAGGCCUCGCAGCUUCUCUGCCACCACCUCCUCCUAAGCCUCAGACUCCCUCGACUCCUCCGGUACUCAAUGUUCGCCCUGUUACUCAAUUCGCCCCCGACCUCAGUGGCGGCGGUGGUAUCUACCCGGCUACCGCAGGUGCUGCUGGUGCUGCAGCCGGCUCAGCAGCCAUUGCUUCUCGUAACCUCACUGGUGACUCGCCGCCCCCUACUCCUCCCAAGUCGGCUGGCAGCAGCCCCAAUCCGUUUAAUGACCCCGUGAAUCCUUUCGGUACUGCUGAUACCCCUGUGUCUGCACAUGCACCCUCCGUUUCCGAGUCCAGCAAUGGACCCUCUGGAUCGACUAUGGCAGCUGCAGCCGUCGGCACUGUUGCGGCCGGCGCCGUUGCAGGUGCUGCUGCCACCUCUCAUGAGUCCAAGGAGGAGACCGCUCGUCCCGGGACUGCAGGUUCACGCGCUCAUUCCCCCACUGUCUCCCCCUCAAUCCUCGACGAGCCCUCAGGCGCCGCGGCAGGAGGUCCCAACAAUGUUCACCGUGUGCAACUCGAUUUCAACCCGUCCAUGGAGGACGAGCUUGGUCUUCGUUCUGGUUCCCUGGUGCGGCUGCUUCACGAAUACGACGAUGGAUGGGCUCUCUGUAUCCGCCUUGAUCGCUCUCAGCAAGGUGUGGCCCCUCGGUCUUGCCUCUCGGCCCGCCCUGUGAUGCCUCGCCCUCGCCCACCUCCUGGCUCGCGUGGCCCACCCAUCAUGGGCCCUGAUGGCCGCCCCAUGGCGCCUCCUGGCCGAUUCUAUCCCCAGGAUGCACGCCCGAGAUCUCCCUCUGGCCCUGGCUUCGCUGGUCCUCCUGGCUCUUACCCGGGCACUCAAAUGUCGCCUGUUCAGUUCCCAGCUGUUCCCCGUUCUAUGUCUCCCGGUCCCGGCCGACCUAGUCCACGUGCGAUGAGCCCCGGCCCAGGAGGAAUGCCUGUUCCCCGUUCUAUGUCUCCCGGACCUGGUGGUAUGCCCGGUCCUCGCUCCAUGUCUCCCGGUCCCGGCCGACCUAGUCCCCGCUCAAUGAGCCCUGGUCCAUAUGGCCAUCCCGGAAUGCAGCGCCCCCAGAUGCCCAUCAACCAACGGCAACGCAGCAACAGUGCCGGCAACAUGGCCCCUCCCAACAUUGCCGCCGCUGCCCCGCCGGUCUCCAGUCCACUAGCCGCUCCCGUUCCCGCCCCCACUGGCGAGCUUCCAGCUAUUCCGAGUUCCGCACCGACCUCGCCCACGGGCUCGCAGGUCUCGCGCAAGCCCGUACCCGCCCAGGACGCUUAA